ACAAAAUACACAGUGACUUGUAUUGGACGCCGAUCUGAGCUGACUGAAGCUGGUCCUGCUUCAAAGACUCGCUCUUUCUUCAUGGUGCCGCUCCGCGCUCAGUUUAUCCUGACAUUGUUACCCUAACAGCAUGAUGUCCGAUAAAGCCACGCCUCCUAAAGUAUCAGCAAUGAUAUCCGUCUUUGACGGUAAGAAAGAACAGCCUCCACCCGCCACAAAAGCAUCAGUGACUCCCCCCACUGUUGGUGUAUCUGUACCAAGACGAAAACUAAGAGAAGCUGGCUCACCCGAGAAAAAGCCUCAAGGACAGAAUGACGAGACAAAACCAGUUCCAUCAGUGACUAUGACUGGACCUUUUAAACUGAUUCAUGUAUCAGGAUCAGGCCAAGUGGUGGAUGAGAAAGCCCCAAUGUUAUCAAGAACACUCAAUCACUUUAAGUCUGGCGGUAACCUCUCAUCAACAAAGCCUGCUAGUGGUAAAGGGGCCGCUAAAGAGCCUGCUAUUAAGCCUAUGGGGUAUCAGUCCAGCCCAACUCAUGGUGGGAGGAAAAUAUCAGCCCCAGUGACUAUUAACUGCUCUGUGCCUAGGAAGGAAAGAAAAGCACAAGAGAAAUUAAAAGAGAGUCAGGAGGAGGAGGAGAGUAUAUUGUCUAAAAGUACUCCUCAAUUUUCCUCUCCUAAUCGCUCGUCUGAUUCUCACUCUGUCUCUCCCUCUCCUCCAUCAAAGAAACCCAACCCACGACAAUCCUCCCUUCCCUCAGAAACCAUGCCCACAACCUCCUCUUGUGCUAUAAAGCAGCCUGGGGGUACAUGGUUCCCCUCGUCCCGUCGGUCCUACAGGAACACCGAGGCUCCACCCCCAGUACAGUUUAGAGUACGGACCUGGGACAGAUUAAGUACUGGCAAUACUAGACAAGUCAAGAGGAGCCAGUCAUUCACAUCAAGAACCAAAACUGAAGCAUCUGGUGAGAGACAGCGAUCCACUUCACCUUCUUCUUCCUCCUCCUCUUCCUCUUCGCCUCAAAAGAAAUCCUUGGGUGGUGCAAAGCCAAACAGUAUUGAUCUUAACACUAGGUCACAGUCUGCUCUUGCUGGCUCACUCACUGAAGAGGAAAUCGAUGAGAGAAUCUCUGCAUCAGUUCAUACCUCACCAGCUCCGGCUAGAAGAGAUGAUAAAUCAAGGAGUGUUGUCCUCAGUCCUCAGAUAUCAGUUGAAGUAUCUCGUAACAAGUAUUGGUCUUCUAUUCGUCCUCAAAGCACUUUUGGUAAAGCCUCUUCGCCUCAACUAGGAAGCAAGAGCAAGCCUAGCACAACAAGUGGGUCAGUAGCUUCCUCUAAUUCUUCCCUACCUCCUCCUGUCCCUCCUCCCAAGCCCACCAGAUCAACUGAUAGCCAGAAAUCAAAGACUCUGCCCUCAAGAAGAAGCGUUGGUGGGUAUUCGCCGACACACACCAGCAGUGCUGCUAACAGAUUAUCACAGUACCAGUCUAAAGGGACUACUAGUAAAGAGGGAGGACCAGCCACUGGGUUUAUGAAGAAGGACAGUCCUAGAGAUGGGAAGAGUCCUACAAUGGGAUCCAGUAAAAGGGAGUCUGCUGCUUCAAUCAAGAAGGAAGGUAGUCCUGUUUUCUCUCCUGCUAAAAGAAAUAGUUUAAAGAAAGAGAGCAGCCCUGUGCUCUCCACCAGGAGCACCAGGAAGGAGGGUAGUCCUGUAAUGUCUGCUAGUAGAGACAGCCCAAGGAGAGGUAGUCCUAAUCUACCAUCAACAAAGAGAGAGAGUCUGGCCUCAGUCAGGAAAGAUGCUCCUAAAAAUGAAGCUGGUUCUUCAUCAUCUAAACUACAGCGGCCGGUACAGCGGAGUCGUGAUUAUGCUAAUGUCCAGUUUUCACAUGAUACUACUACUAGCAGUGAAGGAAGGAGAAAAGUAUCUAAUGAUAUUGGCUCCACUGCCAGCGAUCAUAUUGAUUACUCUCCCGGUCAAAAAAAGAAAAUAAAACUGAUGGAGAGAAAAGAUUCUAAAGAUAAAUCAAUGACACUUCCAGGCUCUUCACGUGCAACUGCCUCAAUGAAGAAACACCAUGAUACUGAAUCAGUCCCUUCCUCUUCUCCGAGACUGUCUCGACUAGCAAUGGAAAGACGAGGCUCCCCAUCUACUCCUCCACUGAGCAUAAAAUCAAGGAUAGCAAUAUUCCAAACUAAAGAGGAUGUCUCACUCAGCUCAACACUACCCAGGAAUAUGUAUAGCUCCAGUAACAAGAGACCAGUGUCUGAAUAUAAUCAAGUCCCCUUGAUGAGGGAAAGGGACCCAGGAGCCAAAGAUAAGAGGAAAUCUCUACCUGCUCCUCCUAUUCCUCCUAAGCCAAGGAAGCCUGCUGUUUCAAGGGUUAUUUUAGAGUCAGCUCCAGUAACUUUAGAAGAAGAGGAAGACGAUGAAGGAGACCGUGAGAGUAAGGGAAGAGGGAGAAUGAGGAUUCACUCUGAUAAGACUGAUGGUAACAACGAUAGCGAAAUCAAGGUUCAUAUUUUCCAAGAAGGCGAGUCUGAACAAGCCACACCUUUCACAGACGCACCAGCGAAUGUGUACGAUGACGUUGUGUUCAGUGAAGACACAUGUAAGGUGGAUAGAGCCGAGAAACCUCGAUCAACUCGCUACUCGUAUCAGGAAUACGCUACAAUGAGACGAAUGACGCUUUUGAGAAAUAGCACAUCAAGUUCAAGUGUAUCUGAAGCUAAUAAUAAUGACAAAGGACUGGCAGCAAUACCUGAGAAUACACUCAGUGUGGGCCAGGGAAAUAAAAAGGAGGAGAAGAAAGAGGAAAAGGAGAAGGAAGAACCAGAUCUCUUUAAAAGGAUGUCUGUCAUUAGUGGAACCUUUUAUGAAGAGAUGAUUGAUUCGAUUGCUUUAAAAUUAGCAAGUAGUGAAGAAAAAGGCAGAGUGAGUGAAGGAGGAGCUUCUUUGGAGCGAAUUGAAAAAGUUAAGAAACAAUUGAUUGAAGUGGUUGAGGACGCCGUGAGUAACGAUCCUCUGAUUGAGAGUGAAGAAUUUUAUGAGUCUUUAGAAGAGUAUGGAAGAAAAGUAUCUGAUUAUCUUCAUCGUACGCAAGGAGAGAGCACGAGUGAAGAAGUACCGCCAGAACUGCCACCAAGACCUGAUUUCCUACUCAAACUAAUCAAAGAAGAUAACGAAGGAGGAGAGGAUGAUGUUGAUAGAGGUGAGAUGAGCUCUCCUAGUAUACUCAAACUGGAAGGAUAUGAGGAAAUGAGCUCAGCCAGUAUUGAUGUACAACCUCCUAGUACAGUGAGUUUAUACGAGCCAGUUUCAUUUGAUGUUACCAUGUCACCGAAAGGCAAAGGAAAGAGAAGGACGUCUAAAAUUCCUUUUUGGAGGAGUCCGGAACAUAAACCCAGCUCACCCACACUGUCACUAGACAGUGCAACUUUGUCUCUUCCAAAAUCAGGAAGCAACAAAAAGAGCAAUAAAAAGAAGAAAAUAAUGCCGUCUUUCUCAGUAAGGAGAAGCGUCAAAGUAGAGCCAACGAUUACAUCCCCAGUACGUUCAGUCUCUGUGAGUGGCCACACCUGUCAUUCAGUGACCUCUUCUCCUAGUCAUACCACAUACGAGGAAAUGAACGCUCCGACCUCAUCUCCACCUCACAUGUACGUUAACAUCAGUCGCUCUGUCUCUGUCUCACAACCAUACGAGUUUGUGUCUACAGACGAGCCGAUCCAACCCACCUACUCCUCAGAGAGCGAGGGAGAGGACGUCAGUGGAGUCUAUGAUGACAUACGGUCUCCGGUCAAGAGAAUCUGGAAAGAUAUUGAGCCACCGGCAACUCCAGAAUCUUCCGUUUUUACAGACGACCAUGAUACAUGCGACGGGCGGAGUUUACACGAUCCGACUGCUUCUCCACUUGUAACUAAAAUAAGAUCGACUCACCCAACUCAUCAGUACCUCCGUACCAGUAGCAGUGACUCUGCCCUUCACUUGUCUUUCAUUGCGACUGGUAGACCAUUCCCACCAACCUCGCCCAUUCCGUCUUUUGGCGAAAUGAGUAUGGAUAGUAACAGCAAUGUUGAGAGUAGUCCUUCAAUAUGUAGUUAUGACUCCAAUAGACACAGUGGAGGGGUAGGAGGAGUUGAGUUGAAGGCGUCUCCGAUGUGUUCCUUGUCGAGGAAGAGGGUUAAGAGUGAUGCUUCUGAGGAUCGUUACCACAGUGCUAGGAAGGGGGCACAGCAGAAGGCUAGGCUGAUGAUGAUGGCUAACCACAGGAGGAGGAGGAGGGGGAGUGUCCCUGGUAACCCUGAAACCAGCUCAGUUGAUGGUAUCAUUGAAGUACCAAUAGUCUAUGCUGAUGCUCUGAUGGAUUGCACUGGAGUAGAGCCAUCACAUUUGAGUUUCAAAGUGAAUGAUGUGAUAGCAAUACUGAACAUGACUGAUGAUGACUGGUGGCAGGGGAUUGUUGAGGAUAGGAUAGGCUGGUUCUCCUCAGCCUGGGUCAGGUUGCGUAUUAAUCAAGAAGACAAUGACACCACCUCACUCCAUGACAGAAGUGAGCAGGCUGUAUCUUCUUCUCCUGGUCAAGAGUCAUCAGGAGCUGUUCCUACUGGAUCAAAGGAGAGGAGAGGAGAGGAGAAACCAUCAGAGGCUGGAGAAGGAGAGAGGAAAGAUGAGGAAGCCACAGAACAAGAUACUUUGGGUGAUCUUGAACAAGUACGUAAGCAUAAACCAGUCACGAGGCGUAGAACCAUCAGAAAGCGAGACUCAGGUGACCUUCCUCGUAGUCUCCUUCCCUCACAGAUAAGAGCAAAGUGUAUUGAGGAGAUACUAAACACUGAGAGGGUCUACGUACAACAUCUUAAGAAUAUUGUAGAGGGGUUCCUGUACCCAUGCAGAGAGAGGGUGCAACUUUUCAGUCAAGAAAGGGUCGAGACCAUAUUUUCAAAUAUUGAAGAUAUUUACAGAUUCCAGCAAAACUUUCUUGAUCAGUUGGAAUCAAGAAUCAAUUUCGGUAAUUUAGAAGACUCACUGAUUGGAGAAAUAUUUGUGAUUAUGAAGGACAGUUUUUCAAUGUAUUCCGAAUAUUGUAAUAAUCAUCCUCAUGCAGUUAAUGAAAUGAACCUCUUACAACAGGACCAGCAAUAUGUGUUGUUCUUUGAGGCUUGUAGAUUACUCAAAGAAAUGGCUGAUAUAUCACUGGAAGGAUUUCUAUUGAAUCCAGUUCAAAGAAUAUGCAGAUACCCACUACAGCUAUCAGAGCUAAAAAAGUACACUCCUGAGUCUCAUCCUGAUUAUUGUCAUGUCGUGGCAGCACAAGCUGCAAUGACUCAAGUGGCUAUACUCAUUAAUGAGAGGAAGAGACGAAUGGAAGCAUUAGGAAGACUUAGAACCUGGCAGACUAACGUUGAGAAUUGGAAGGGUGCUGAUCUAAUGGAGACUAGUACUGAGUUGAUACAUGGCACUGAAUUACACAAAAUAUCAAAAGGACGCUGCCAAGAGAGACACUUCUUUCUGUUUGACCAUCAACUGGUUUACUGCAAAAAAGAUACAAUCGGUGGAAGGUUGUCUUACAAAGGUCGUGUGAAUACUGACAAGUGUCAAAUAAUCGACUUGAAAGAUGGCGAAUGGUCUCAUGGUGGUAAUGGUGUUAAAAAUGCUUGGCGGAUUAAUAAUUUUGAUAAAGAUGACAAGUGGUACGUGUUGUUUGCUAAGAAUGCAAAAAUGAAAGAGGAAUGGAUGGAGGCUUUCAAGAAAGAGAGAAGACAAGUGGAGGAUGACAAAAUAAAUGGUUUCAUCAUUACUCCUAAAAUGAAAAGAGCUGCCAUUGCUCUGUUUAAUACCACCAGUGAGCCAAUAUCAAGGAAACAUCCACCAAAAAAGAACUAUGAAUUUUCUAGUGAGAGUCUACCAGUUGGUAUGAUAAACACUUUACCAGCUGGAGCAAGAGGAGGAGAGAUAACAACAUCACUGACUUUCUCACCAGGAGAAAGAAAGAAAAGACAAAAAAGAAAAUAAGCUUUUAUUGUAUUAUAAUUAUCGUUUUUUGUAGAGCGGAUGGUUUAUAUUGUUGUUGUUGUUGUCAUUGUUGAUAUUUUUAUUUUAUGUGUAACUUCACGUGUUUUAGAGUUGAUACUUGUAUUAUAAGCAAA